AUGUGUAGAGUUACACACCAAGCGACGAUGAGAACCGGGCAACUUGUGAGCAGUCAGUGGAUAUGUGAGCUCUUACCCGGGGCGUAUGUCAAGAUUUUGGAACUGGACACACAUACUACUGUUGGACGACAGCGGGCUUUGGUGAAGGCCCAGCUCUCCUACAUAAAAGGCUGGAUCAGCAUAAGAACCGCUAGGGGAAGUUAUUUGGUUGCGCGCAGCGCGGACGAUGAGCGUGGUUUGUUCGAUUUACCGGGCUCGAUGCACGUUUGUGGUUGUGAAAUGUCUGCAGAUCCCGGAGGCCUUGCCGGUGUUCUUAGGAACCUGGCCUGCCACAUAAAACGACAACCAGACUUUGGAACCUUGACAUCCGCUGAUUUCGUCAUGUCGCAGAGACUGCAAUCACUGUUCCGACUUGCCAGCGGAGGGGACACCGCAAGCCUGGACUCUCAGCGAUUGCGUUGGAAUUUAUGGGCAACGCUAAGCCCAAAUCGGAACUCGCCGGAAGGACUUGCAAUUCUUGCUGCUGUAUUGCUGCAAAUUCGCGAAUCCUUGCUUGAGCUGGACAAGGUGUUUAUGCGCUUGCACGAGGAAUUCGUGUGCUUGGAAGACACAGAUGCUGAGGUUUUGUUCAGUGCUACUGGUGAAACACAGGCGGCAGCUUCAAGGGCUAAGCAGAUCAGCGAAAAGUGUCGACGCAGUCAGGAAACGCUUGGUCUACCGAGUUCCUCAUGGUUUGAUCAUUUGCCGAAUCCGGUUUCUGUUGUUUCAGAUCUUGAAAGCCGGGAGCAGGCCCUUCUGGAGUUCCAGAGUGCGGUGACCAAGCUUACUUCCCAAAGGCGUGUUUUGGUAGCCAGAGUCAAGGCAGCAGUGGAAGCACGCGCAGCCACCGAAGCUGUGUCAGCGGCAUCGCUCUUGGCAGAUGCGCUUAGGCCUGACACGCGCUUGGAUUUCCCAUUGGUUACGGAGCUUUGCGAGCGAGCGACUAGUGACCCAGCCGAGCUGGCCGAAGUGGUUGACGCCCUGAGCUGCAUCCUGGACGAAAGCGUGCAGCUGCAGCAACGCUUGAAGGCAUUGACAGUCACAAAUGAGCUGAUGUAUGACGAUGCCGCUCGCCAGGCAUUCGCUCAAAAACCAGGAUUUUCGUCAGCCCUGAUGCACCCGAUAUCCUCGAUACCCAGUGACACAUGUCCCAGCAUUGCCUACGAUUUGGCAGCAGCCAAUGUCCAGCUGCUCACCACGGAAAUUGCACGCCGCAUAAGUGCAGAAACAAAUGUUUCGAACAGUGCCUGUUUGGCAGCAGCUGCAGCGAAAGCAGCAGCGCCACCAAGUCCAGGAGUGCCCAAGCCUUGGCUUGCGUCCGUUGCACACACCCCGGGUCGACAGACUGGACAGCCGGAGCAUCUGUCCUGGCCGCACACUCGUGAUGCACUGAAUGCUUUGCGUGCAAGCCUUCAGAGUGGAUCAGUUUCCACCCGAGAUGCUACGAGUGUGUUGGAUCGAAUUUAUCGCUGCCUGGACGAAGCAAUGCGUCGAAUAUCUCAAUUGAGGGCAUCGCUGGACCACACGAUCUCGCAGGAUGUUGGAGAACUCAUCGAGGAUCUUUCCUUGUCUGCAGCUCGCAUUAACUCGAGCGUGUUGGAAUGGAAGUGUCGUGCAGUCGAUGCCCUGGAUACAGCCGAUGAGUACGUUGAUGGUACUUCGCAGUGGUCCCCAUCAAGCAGAAGACAGCGCAGACUAUUAGGCAAAUUGUUGGACAGAGCUGAAAGCAUAGGCGACAGUUUGAACGCUUGCUUGACGAUCCUUUUGGCCCGACGUUCUCCGACGGACGUCUCCCAAGUUGCACUAGCCAAAGGCUGCCAGCGGUUUUAG